AUGGGGAAACCAGCAGGGUAUUGGGUGAACAAGAUUAGGACAUCAUUCAAAGGAGGAUCAUCGUCGAGCAAAUCAUUAGAUGAAGGAAGUGCUUCUGGUUCUAAGAAGAACGAUUCAAAACAUAGCAAGAAUCAGAAAACAGAGGAAGGUAAUAAGAAUGGUGAAGCAGGAGGAGCUGCUCAGGCUGAGAGUGGGAGGAAAGUGAUGGUUGUCGUGGACACAACUUCACAAACAAAGAAUGCUCUUCAAUGGGCAUUAACACAUUGCGUUCAAGAUGAAGACAAUGUCACUCUCCUCCAUGUCACCAAAACACCCAUAGGACAAGCUAUAGAUAAGACACAAAGAGAGAGAACCUCAAGGGCUCAUGAACAAGUUCAUCCAUUGAAGAACUUUUGUCAACUCAAGAAACCUAAUGUGAAAACGGAGAUAGUGGUGGUUGAGACGGCAGAGGAGAAAGGAAAGACAAUAGUGGAGGAAUCAAAGAAGCAAGGAGCCGGAGUUUUGGUUCUAGGGCAAAGGAAAAGGACAUCGAAAUGGAAAGUGAUUUGGAAGUGGCGCGCCAAGGGAGGCAUGGGAGGAGGAGUGGUUGAGUAUUGUAUCCAUAACUCCGAUUGUAUGGCUAUUGCGGUAAGGAAGAAGAGUAACAAUGGUGGUUACUUGAUCACCACGAAACGUCACAAAGAUUUCUGGCUCUUGGCCUAA